AUGUCGCUGCAUCUUAGUGCUUCCCUCAUCCGACUCAAACUUCUUGACUGUCUACGGGCAGGCGAUAUCAAGAAAGUCGAAUCAUUGAUCGAGGAUCUUCAGUCGGUGCAAUCCACCAUUGAAACAACAGAGUUGAUUCGCUUGCGAGAAACCGUUUUGCAUUACGCUGUGCAAGUGGCGCCCUUGGCUACUAUUCAAGCAUUAGUGGAGUCCAAAAAAUUCUCGUUGGAUGUCAACUCUCAGGAUAUGGACGGGAAUACACCUCUUCACUUGGCAGUCGCUGCGGGCCGCCUUAAUGUUGUCAAAUACCUUCUUUCAUUGCCAAACAUCAAUGACACAGUACUUAAUGCCGACCGGAAACAGCCCGUGGAGCUUUCCAAGGACACGGAUAUUGCCCAGCUUAUGCAAUACGAACGGGCCAAGUUUGUCGAACGAGCAGCGACGGAUUUGCGCCGCAUGUUCAGCAACCGGGAUUUUGCUGGCUUGGAGAAUAUUUUGGUUAAUAAUCCUCGUGCAGCAGAGUUGUUGGAUAUCAAUGGUGCUGAUCCGGAAACUGGGAACACGGUCCUCCAUGAAUUCAUCCGCAAAGAAGAUUUUGAAAUGUGCGAUUGGAUCUUGAAACAUGGCGGUGAUCCGUUCAAGAGAGACAAGCGUGGCAAACUCCCAAUCGAUUUGGUUUCUAGCAAAGCUGAUCCAAUCAGACGUCUUUUGAAAGUGGCUUCGCGUGACCAGAACAUGAUGGAUCCAGUGGCUUCGACUAACAAUGCAAUUAAGGCAGGAAAUGCCCCUACUUACAAAGGGUACUUGAGAAAAUGGACUAAUAUUGCCUCGGGCUAUAAGUUGAGAUAUUUUGUUUUGGACCUGUCCGGAAUUGUCUCCUACUACACCAACCAGGGCGACACUAUCAACGCUUGUCGUGGUUCAUUGAACCUUGGUUUUGCAACCUUGCACUUGGACUCAUCAGAAAAGUUAAAGUUUGAAAUUAUCGGCAAAAACGGAAUCAAGUGGCACUUGAAAGCAAAUCACCCAGUAGAAACAAACCGUUGGGUAUGGACUUUGCAGAAUGCCAUUACUUUGGCUAAGGAUAAUAUGAAACGGAAACAGAACGCUUCGCGCAGAUCUGUGGCCGAAGAUGCUCCUAAGGCUCUUGAGGAUACCGAGGACGAAAGAAGACGCAGCAGCUUAUUGCACGUACCAGGACGCAGAAAACAUAAAAAAUCUCCAAGUCAAGUGUCCUUGAGCUCUUUCACCCCCUCGGAUGCAGAAGACAGUGCUUCUAUAACAUCAGAGCCUCGUCUGACUUCUGCUAAAAGCAACACUCACGGUAGCUUGAGCCAAAUCAACGAACGCAAGGCGGUUCAGAAUGAUAGAUCAAGCAUGGAGGGCCUCCAUUAUGGUUCUGAAGACUUUGAUUAUGACUUGGAAGACAGUGGGUCUGAUUACGAUGGAGACUCCUCGGCAGAUGAACCGGCCGAUCAACUCGCAAAGUAUUCAAUGGAUCAGAUUCAAUCCACAAAGAGAGCCAUCAAGGUGGAGUUGGCCAGUCUUAUUUCUUUGUUCAAGGAUUUAGGAGCCAAUGCGACUUCUGACGGAAAUGAUGAGACAUUCAAUGUCGGAAUGAAGACGUUACUGAAUGUUCAAGACUUAAUUGAUCAGCUUGACACCUAUAACUCAAUUAGAGAUCAAAAGCUCCUCAAGAAAAUCGAUCGUCAACAAGAAGUGAACAAGUUAUGGGAAAGCUCAAUACGUCAACUUGAGAAUGAGAUCCAAAAGAGAGAAGAGGCGUUGGCUCUUUACGAUGGUAAGAAAUACAAGUUGAAGAAGUUGCUUGAAUCGAAGGGAAUGUCACCUGCCCAUGUUUCGAACGAACAAGCGACUGGCCUUAUGAAUUCGCAAAGCAUCACCAACGAAGAAUCAUUGGCGAAGACUGAAACUAAAACGGACCAAAGCCAGUUAUUCAAGGAAAUUUUCAACGACUCUGAAGAUGAAUUCUUUGAUGCUGAUGACUUUGAUGAAGAUGUCGAAGAAUCAGCGAGCGCAAAGGCUGGUGAAACGACUGUCGAAGAGAAUCCAACAACUGAGACGACAGUGGACAAGUCGACCGAUAAAUCCGAAAGUCAGAAUACAUUGACCAAUCCAGAUGAAACAAAGAAGAUCGAGCCAGUGGCUACUGAAGAUGAAGCUGCAAGUGGGAAGACUGCAACUAAGGGAACCGAAAGUAUUUCUGAAGGGGGACAAAAAGCUGUUACGGAUUCCCAAAUGAAGCUGCUUGCAAAACUCAAAGAAGAGGGGUCGUUCUUAGGUUACGAAAAGCCUCCCCGGAAAAAGUUGGCCAUGGAUGAAGAUGACAGACCGAAAAUUGGAUUAUGGGGAAUUUUGAAGUCCAUGAUUGGUAAAGAUAUGACCCACAUGUCUUUACCUGUUUCUUUUAAUGAAUGCACCUCUUUGCUUCAAAGACUAGCUGAAGAUAUCGAAUAUAAUGACUUGUUGAAUAAGGCGGCAUCUAUUCCUGACUCAACUUUGCGUAUCGUCUACGUCGCAACCUUUGCCGCAUCUGAAUAUGCAUCAACUAUUGACAGAAUUGCGAAGCCCUUCAAUCCUUUAUUAGGUGAAACGUUCGAGUACUCGCGCCCCGACCAAUCUUUCAGAUUACUUACAGAGCAAGUGAGUCACCACCCUCCUAUUAGUGCAUGUCACGCUGAGUCCGUCAAAUGGGAUUAUUACGGUGAGAAUGCCGUUGACACCCAGUUCCGUGGACGCUCAUUCGAUGUGAAACAUUUAGGUAAAAUGUUCUGUAAAAUCAGACCAGAUAAUGGUGUUGUUGACAAAGAGGGCCACAAAGUACAAGAGGAGCUCUACAGUUGGAAGAAAGUCAACACGUCUGUGGUCGGAAUUAUUGUUGGUAAUCCGACUGUGGACAACUUUGGUCAGAUGGAAGUUAGAAACCACACAACCGGCGAUGUGCUUAUAGUUGAUAUGAAACAAAGAGGAUGGAAGGCUUCUUCGGCAUACCAGUUGUCGGGUAUCGCUUCAGAUGCUCAUGGCAAAGAACGCUGGGCAAUUGGAGGAAGAUGGAACUCUAAGAUUUAUGCUAAGAAGAUUACUGGCUUGUCGGAGAAGAAGAGGAGAAACUCGUUAAUUGAUGCCGAGGGUGAACACCAAACUUCUGAUCCGUACAGUGGUAGAAAAUUCCUCGUAUGGCAAGCGGCCCCUCGUCCAAAGAUUCCAUUCAACUUAACAUCUUUUGCAGUGACUUUGAAUGAGAUCAACGACAACAUCAAACCAUGGUUGGCUCCUACUGACACGAGAUUAAGACCUGACCAACGAGCAAUGGAGGAUGGAAGGUACGAUGAGGCAUCGAGAGAAAAGCACAGAGUUGAGGAGAAGCAAAGAGCUGCAAGAAAGAGAAGAGAGCAGAAGCGCGAGAUUUAUAAGCCAAACUGGUUUGUCAGGCUGAACCACCCAGUGACAGGUGAUCAAUAUUGGCAUUAUAAUGACAAGUACUGGCCCAAAAGAAAGAACAAGGAGUUGGCAGGCGUGGCAGACAUUUUCUAA